AUGCGCGCGCCGCCCGCGCCGCCGCCGCCGCUGCUGCUGCCGCUGCUGCUCGCGCUCCUGGCGGCGCCCGGCGCCCGCGCCCGCCGGGCCGAGCCCUCGCCGCCCGGCCCGGGGCCCGGGAACGCCACGCGGGCCGAGCCCGGCCCCGGCCCCGGCCCCGGCCCCGGCCCCGGCGGCGCCAACAGCAGCGGGGACGCCCUGGUCCCCCGCAUCUCCUCGCUGCUCCGCGGCCUGCCCGCCCUGAAGGCGGCGGCGGCGGCGGCCUGCGUCCUCAGCGCCCUGCUCGUCGCCUGCCUGCUGCUGCGCGUCUGCAGAUUUGGAAAGAGGUUAAAGAAAACCCGCAAGUAUGACAUCAUCACCACCCCGGCCGAGCGUGUGGAGAUGGCCCCUCUGAACGAGGACGACGACGAAGAUGAAGACUCCACAGUAUUCGACAUCAAGUACAGGUAAAACCUGUCUUCCAAGAUGUUGGCGUCCUGCCCGGGGCGCUUGGCGAGCCGCUGUGUAGGAUCUGGGCGCUGUCCUCUGCGUGGUGUCCGCUGGUGCCGCUGCGUGCGGCUCAGAAUGCCACCGUCGGCCGGUGCACGGGUCAGCUCGCCAGUCACCGCCACCGCCGCCGCCCUUCAGAUGCCCUGGUGAAAUCGCCUCCUCUUCCUCCUCCUCCUCUUCCUCCUUCCUGUGGGGUGAAGGGUAGAAACAGUGAAGGCUGUGACAUGGAGGACCCCACGUCGAAACCCAGCCGGGGCAGCUGCCCUCCGCCACCUCCUGAGCCUCUGCCUUCCCCGUCCCGCCUGGUCUGCCUGGCUUGGGUUCUGGCUUUCUCUUGGUGACAUUGCAAGCUCCGGCGUUCCCCUCACCCCCUUCCGCUGUGCAGACACAAAGAAUUUCAGCUAUCAGGGAACAUGUGUGUGUGCGUGUGUGUGUGUGUGUGUGUGUGCGUGCGUGUGUGCAUGUGACACAUCAAGGGAAUGGAAGCACUGGGUAGUUAAGUUUUGGGCUUAGCUGAUAUUGAUGUGGUGUGUUGGUGUUCUCAGUCCUGUCACUGUUCUGUGUCGUCUUAGAAAUACAAUUACAUAUAUAUAGUUAUAUAGUUGUAUACAUAUAACCAGGGUUAUUUAAUGAGCGGUGGCUUGGCUGACUGAUAAAAGGGCCACUGUCAGGGAUCCUGUCAGAUGUUAGUGCAGGCCAGAGUGGAAACCUCUAGAACGUGUGUGUUUGUGUGUGUGUGUGCGUGCGCACAAGCUGUGUGCAUGUCCGCGUGUGCGUGUUUGCGUGCAUGCGUGUGCGUGCACACGUGUGUGCAUGUUCCUGCGUGCGUGUGUGCACACUCCUCCCUGCCCCAGGAGCCUGCAAGUUUUGUGGAGGCCUCCUGUUGAGCCUCUUUCAGAUUGUGGUAAUUUCUAGAAGCAAGUGGUGCCUUUGCGGCCCUGCGGGGUGGGAGUGGGAGGGGGGCUCUCGUGUCCUAAGAGAGGUGGCUUUGAUUGGCCCUCCCAUCCUUUUCUUUCUGAUGUUGCUUCACGGGUUGUGUGUUUGCCUGUUUAUUGCCUUAGGAUGAAAACUCCUGUUUUCCUGAGAGGAGCUGU